AUGCGAUUCUCUUCCUUCGUGGCCGGUCUCGCACUGGCAGCUUCCCCCAUGGCUGCCCAGAAAGCAAAGCUCAUCAAAGUAGAGGUCGGUUCCCACGGCAAACUCGCGUUUAGCCCGUCCAACCUUGAAGCCUCACCCGGCACCAAGAUCGAGUUUCUCUACUUCCCCCGAAACCACAGCGUCACUCAAUCGUCCUUCAACGAUCCAUGCCACCCCCUUGAAGAUGGCUUCUUCUCUGGGUUCGUGCCCACAACGGAUUCUCCGUCCAGAACCACCUUUACCAUUGAGGUCAAGGACACGAAGCCCAUCUGGUUCUACUGUGGCCAGGCCAACCACUGCCAGAAGGGCAUGAUUGGCGCCAUAAACGCCCCCAAGACGGGCCACACCUUUGAGGCUUUCUCUGCGCUUGCAAUGAGAGCCUCGAACAGCACUUCCCCCCGAAGUGACCCUGUCGGCGGCGUCCUGGGCAACGGCGGCUCUCAAGACAAUUCAAGCUCGACUGCACAGGCCACGGCUGUGAUUAGCGAGCCGUACACGCCUACCUGGACGAGCAAGGGCCAGACAUUCACCAGUACCGCCGCGGCUACCGUUGUCGCUGGCGGAGAGGCCACUUCCCAGACAACUUGGGCUUACACCACCAAGCUGUAUACUUCGACCUGGACCAGCAAUGGACAGACGUUCACCACCACUGCUACCACGACGUUGGUGACCACGGCGGCCGUCGGAGCCGGCUCUGCUGCGACGACGUCGCCGAGCAAGGGCACUGCCGCAGGGGGGACGACGCGUCGUCUGAAUAUUUGCCAUGCUGGAGCGCUGGCUGCGGCCAUUGCCGCCAUCCUGUAA